AACACAAUGAAUUCACCCCCCGAGUCUUUGGUGAAAUACGGUAAUCCGGUUUUGGCCGGUCCUCAGCAGUCUGCUCCUCCACCUCCCCGUCCCAGAUCAGCCUCAGCCGACCUCAGCAGGCAGCAAAACCAGGAGAUCCUCCAUGCCAUCCUCCCACCUAGGGAAUGGGUGGAGGCCAACCAACUGUGGGUGCAGCAAGUGUCCAGGACACCUUCUACCCAAGCGGAUGCGGUGUACCUGAAGGAGCAGCUGGAUCUGAAGCUGCAGCAGAGGCAGGCCAGGGAGACAGGCAUUUGUCCUAUCCACAUGGAGCUAUACUCCCAGUGCUUUGAUGAGCUGAUCAGACAGGUGACCCUCAUCUGUGCUGAGAGGGGUCUGCUGCUGUCACGUGUGAGAGACGAGAUAAAGAUGACCAUGUAUGUCUAUCAGGCACUGUAUGAGAGCAGUAUGGCUUUCAGCGGAAGGAACGCACUGAACGCUGACAAGAACAAGGCUGACAUGGAGAAAAUAAUCUCUGCCCUGGAGGAUGAGAACCGGCUCUUGAAUGAGCAGAUAGCUGAAUAUGAGGCAAUGAAAUGGAGCGAGAUUGAAAGGGGACGGGUGGAAGAGCAGGAGCACACACAAGAGAUGCAGUUUCUGAAGAAACGCACCAACAGGCUCAAGGUCUGUCUGGAAGAGCUCACUUCCCCAAACAAUUAACUUCCACACCUCAGAAUUUACCUGCCAAAUCCCAAUGCACAGUUUUAAUUUAAGUCUGUUGUCUUUUGUCUUGUUUCUAAACAUUAAAGGGCAUGAAACAUCC